CCUUAUGGAUGGGAGAUGACGGCAAACAGAGAUGGAAGAGACUACUUCAUCAAUCACAUGACACAAUCAGCCACAUUUGAAGACCCUCGAAUAGAGAGCUGCCAAAUAACCCCUCCAGCCCCUCGGAAAGUGGAAAUGAGGAGGGAUCCUGUGCUAGGAUUUGGUUUUGUGGCUGGUAGUGAAAAGCCAGUUGUUGUACGCUCAGUAACACCAGGCGGCCCCUCUGAAGGAAAGCUUAUACCAGGGGACCAGAUCAUAAUGAUUAAUGAUGAGCCAGUCAGCACUGCUCCAAGGGAGAGAGUCAUCGACCUUGUCAGAAGCUGCAAAGAAUCAAUCCUCCUUACUGUUGUUCAACCUUACCCUUCUCCUAAAUCAGCUUUUAUUAGUGCUGCAAAAAAGGCAAGAUUGAAGUCCAAUCCUGUCAAAGUGCGCUUCUCAGAAGAAGUAAUAAUCAAUGGCCAGGUGUCGGAAACAGUUAAGGACAAUUCACUUCUUUUCAUGCCAAAUGUUCUGAAGGUGUAUCUGGAAAAUGGACAAACCAAAUCUUUCCGUUUUGACUGCAGCACUUCAAUAAAGGAUGUCAUCUUAACACUGCAAGAAAAGCUUUCCAUCAAGUGUAUUGAACACUUUUCACUGAUGCUGGAGCAGAGGGUUGAAGGAUCUGGAACAAAACUCCUUUUGCUACAUGAACAGGAGACUCUAACUCAGGUGACCCAGAGACCAAGCUCACAUAAGAUGAGAUGUCUUUUCAGGAUUAGCUUUGUCCCAAAGGAUCCCAUUGAUCUUUUAAGAAGAGAUCCAGUUGCGUUUGAAUAUCUCUAUGUACAGAGCUGUAAUGAUGUGGUUCAGGAAAGAUUUGGACCAGAACUGAAAUACGACAUUGCCCUGCGGUUGGCUGCACUACAGAUGUAUAUUGCAACUGUGACCACCAAGCAAACUCAGAAAAUCUCCCUCAAAUACAUAGAAAAAGAAUGGGGAUUAGAGACUUUUCUUCCAUCUGCUGUGCUGCAAAGCAUGAAAGAAAAGAACAUAAAGAAAGCACUUUCGCACCUUGUCAAAGCAAAUCAAAACGUAGUUCCUCCGGGUAAAAAGCUAUCUGCUCUGCAAGCCAAGGUGCACUAUCUAAAGUUCCUCAGUGAUCUACGCUUGUAUGGAGGGCGUGUUUUCAAGGCAACACUAGUGCAGGGAGAAAAGCGUUCAGAAGUGACAUUGUUAGUAGGGCCACGGUAUGGCAUCAGUCAUGUGAUAAACACCAAAACAAACCUGGUAGCUCUCCUGGCAGACUUCAGCCAUGUGAACAGGAUUGAGAUGUUUACAGAAGAUGAAAGCAGUGUUAGAGUUGAGCUACAUGUCUUAGAUGUAAAACCUAUUACUCUACUGAUGGAGUCAUCAGAUGCAAUGAAUCUUGCUUGCCUAACAGCUGGGUACUAUAGACUGCUGGUCGACUCAAGGCGUUCAAUAUUCAACAUGGCCAACAAGAAAAAUACAGGGAGCAGAGAAACAGGAAUUGAAAAUAGAGGGAAGCAUAGUCUCCUUGCUUCUGAGUGGAAUUGUGUACCAAAAACUACCACUUUCCUGGCUGAAGGAGAUCAAGAGACUCAAAUGUCCUUUGCUGAUCCUAAACAGAAGACUGUAGAUGUUUCUGAAAGUCUGUUAUGUCAAAAAGAGCACAGGCAUCUGUACAUAGAAAAUACCUAUAAUUCAGGUGGAUUUGAUCAGCAUCUGGCCAAGCAAAGUGACCCCACUGAAGCAGAAGAAAGCAGAAAUUUUAAUCAGUCUUCACUGCUGUCACUCUCAGGUUUGGAAUCUGGCAAGAAAGCACAGGAUUCUCCCAGGGGAGCAAAAGUUUCCUUUAUAUUUGGAGAUCACAACUUGGAUGGUAUCAAUCCUCAGACUCUUGGCUAUGAAAGGCUUUUGGAUGAAAGUCCAGAAGUACUAGAAAAACAAAGAGCCAUUUAUAUUAGUAAUGCCAAUGACAUUAAAGGUCUGGAGUUGUCACCAGAUGCUGAAAGCAUUCAGUUUGCUACAAAUUCUGUUUACGCAACCAUAAAUGAUGGUAAAAUAUUUGGAGCUGCGGAAGGAAUAGAAGAGCCUUUGCUGCAUGAUAUUUGUUAUGCAGAAAACACAGAUGAUGCUGAAGAUGAAGAUGAAGUAAGCUGUGAAGAAGACAUUAUGGUAGGAGAAAUCGAUAGGCCUGCUCUUCUCAGCCUUUCUGGUUCUAGUGAUGACAUUAUUGAUUUGACUUCACUUCCACCUCCAGAAGGUGAUGAUAAUGAAGAUGAUUUCCUAUUGCAUACCUUAAACAUGGCCAUUGCUGCUCCUCCACCUGGCUUCAGGGACAGUUCAGAUGAGGAAGACUCUCAGAAUCAAGCAACACAGCCUAGAGACGACAAGGAGCAAGCCAGUAAUCUAGGCAGUGAUGAUAUUCCAGUGUCGCUUAUCGAUGCUGUCCCUACUAAUACAGAGGGGAAGUGUGAAAAGGGGCUAGAUGAUGCUGUAGUCUCUACACUUCAAGCACUAGAAGCUUUGGCUGCUUCAGAGGAACAGCAGACGAAUGACAACUCAGGUGUAGCUAUCUUGCGAGCAUAUAGCCCUGAGUCAUCUUCAGAUUCUGGCAAUGAAACAAAUUCCUCUGAAAUGACUGAAAGUUCUGAAUUAGCUGCAGCACAGAAACAGACAGAAAACACUGCACGCAUGUUUUUGACCACAAGCGAAGGCUACCAACCCCUUGUGGAAGAGCAGACUGAAUUUCCCAUCGCUAAGAGUCAGGCUGGAGUGCCAGGCAUGAAAUCCUCUCAGCCUUUGUCUGGUCGUCAGGCUGCGGAGCUACAGUCAAAAGUUGUGCCUUCGAAGCAGAUUCUUCAUUCAGAUAACAUGGAAAUGGAGCCAGAGACCAUGGAAACAAAAUCUGUCACUGAUUAUUUUAGCAAAUUGCACAUGGGAUCCUUGGUAUAUUCUUGCACUAGUAAAAGGAAAACUAAGAUGACAGACAGCGAAGUAAAAGCACCUUCUGAUGGCAAUGCUACUGUGAAAAAGCAACAGGGAACUAAAAAAGCAGAGGCUGAUGAAGACCUAAAAGCUAAAUUUGGAACUCUUUCAGCAAGAGACAGUCAACGCCUAAGCACUUUUAAUGUGGAGAGAACUGCCUUUCGCCAAAGAUGGUAUGCUGCCGAUGAUGGGGCAGCAGAUAAGCCAAGCCCAGAAACAGUGAACGGGAAGACAUUUCCAAGAGUUCCUGUCCUUGGCAAAACAGAAACUGACUGUAAGGAUGAAGUAGAUCCUGAGGUGGAUCAGGAUGAUACUUCAGGGCUUGGACAAGGUGAAAACUUUUUGUCAGAUAUGACUCCUGUGUCUUCAGCCAAAGACCUAAAUGAUGCAGAAGAUACCGAUUUAUCUGCAGAUGACCAUCCUUCAAAGCUUCCAGAAGCUGAGCAGAGUGUGGCUAGACUUUGUGAAUAUCAUUUGGCUAAGCGCAUGUCAUCUCUGCAAAGUGAAGGCCAUUUCUCACUGCAAAGCUCUCAGUGCUCUUCAGUGGAUGCAGGAUGCAGCACGGGCAGUAGCACAUGUGCUACCCCUGUUGAAUCUCCUCUUUGUACCUCUGACGUUAAGCACAUUAUCUCUGACCCAUCAAUGAAGGGCAUUGCCUAUAUUCCAGCAGAUGAAAGAGCUGCCAUUCUUCCAAACCAUGGAACAACAUACAAAGACCUGCAUCAGCAGCCAGAAGCUGUGUGUCACAGGAUGACGGUGCCUGUCGUGCAUUCAGCAAUUAAUGCUGAACCACUGUUUGGCACUUUGAGAGAAGGAUGUCAUCGGAUCCCCAAGAUAAAAGAAACUACAGCUUUCACAGAGCCUGAAAAGGGAAGACAAGGAGGCAUGCCUACAGCUUUUCCUAGACAGCCUCUAGCUGACUCCAUCAUGCUAUCAUCCAUGCUAUCAGAAUCAAAGGUGCCAAGUCAAAAUCAAGACUCUUGUGACAUUCCCAAAGUAAAUCAGGUUUGUGGGGCAACAGUUAGUUUACGGCCAUAUGACAUGAUAGGAGGAAGCCUCAGGAUGCCGCACAACAGGAAAGUGCUGAGACGCAGCAGCAGCAUCAUUGGAGGAUCUGCAGACAUUGAGAUGCUGUUUGAAAGGAAGGCAGCCGCAGCCAGCUUGAAAUGUCUGGACACCACCCCAAGGGAUGAAUCCAAGUCAGAAAGAAGGGUGGAGCUCUCCCUGGGCAAAAAGCUGUCAAAAAGUUACUCCCAGAGUUGUGUGUAUGUCAGCACUGAUAGGAAAGACAGUAAGAGGUGUUCAGGCACAGGAGUCAAUCAGAAGGACUCCAAGCAGUGUCGAACGUUGCCUUUGCGGAAGCUGGACACCAGCGCCUGGAGGUGUCGUGGCCCCUUUAGCUACUGUUUCCUAAGCAGAGGAAGCGAUGAUGAUGAAGAUGAUGGAGAUGGCCAUCAGCUCUCAUGUCUCUUCGAACCGCAGAACCCGUGCGAGCUCGCAGAACCAGUCAGUCAAUCUUUUUCCAAUGAAAAUGAGCAGAAAGUCUUGGAGUCCACGAAAGCUGCUGAGACCCUGCAAGGUGAGGCAGUUAAUGCACAUGAGAAGAGCAGUGCUGACAUCCAAGGUGGCCAGAUUGAUGUGAAUCUCAAUGAUGUGGCCUUUGAUGCACGAAUUACACAAAUAAAUGUGAUGAAAGAGAAGACGUAUGCAAUGCCUGAUGGAUUUAUUGCAGCGCAAAAGGAUGCCAGUGAGCUACUGUCACUGGUCCGAGCAAGUAUGGGCAAGAGAGAAGAUUUACAUCCAGAAACAUAUGACCUUAAACUUUCUAAGUACAAACAACUGUUAUCUAUGGAAUCAAGACAGUUGGGAAGUGCCUGCAGGAAAAUGGCCAUGGCUGAUAAAAGCCCUGAGGAAAUGCUUUUAGCUAUGACUUCCAGCUUUCAAGUACUCUGUUGCUUAACAGAAGCCUGCAUGCGUUUAGUUAAAGUCAUGAACUCUGAAACACAGCAGCAGGAAAUUAUAGCUAAGAUAGAUGAGGUUGUAAUAAACUACAUUUGUCUUCUGAAGGCUGCAGAAGCAGUAUCAGGCAAGACCUCCAGUGAUCCUAGCAUUAAACUCUUGGCUCGACAUUCGACUACCAUGGCCGCUAUUGUAAGCACACUAACACGUUCUCUUAAAAUGCUUUUAAACAAAUAA